AUGGCUGAAUCAUCAAGCGCGAUUUUACAAAAUACAGGCAACUGUAAUUCAACGAUUCGACAAGUUCUUGUCGAUGUUGAACAUCUCAUGGAUAUGCUUCAAACUGAACUUCAUCAAACCAAAUCUGCGAAAAUCUCCGAAUCGUUAUCUUCAUCGAUCACCAUGACGAAUGUAACAAUAACAGAUGAAAAUGAUCAUCAUCAACUUAUUGAACAUCUCCGUCACCGCAUUCUCCAACUAGAACAUGAACGAAAUGUUCUUCUAACUUCCUACGAACUACUGAUCAAACUUCUGAAAUGA